CCAACCCUCCGCGCCUGCCUCCCUCCCGGGGCUUGAGAAGCAGAAGUGGGGAGCCUUCCUGGGGCAGCAGGCGGCGAGGAGCAGGGCGGGCCGCCAGCGACGACCGAGCGAGGGGGACGACUCCGGCUCCCCGCCUCUGGGACUGAGGCGCAGGUGAGGGGAGACGCCGAGAGAGAGAGAAGCCCGCUGAAGAUUUGCUGCCUUUACCCUGAAAAUGUCCAGGAAAAGCAUAGACUAUGGGGAGCUACCUGAGUAUGAGAAGAGUCAAAUCAAAAGGACCUUGGAGCUAGGCACCGUCAUGACACUGUACAGCCUCAAAAAGAGUAGUCCAGAGAGGAGGACAAUCCAAGUCAUUAUGGAAACUAGGCAGGUGGCAUGGAGCAAGACAGCUGACAAAAUAGAAGGUUUCUUGGAUUUGAUGGAAAUAAAGGAAAUCCGACCAGGAAAAAACUCAAAGGAUUUUGAGCGGGGGAAGGCAGCACGGCAAAAAGAUGACGUUUGUUUUACUAUUUUCUAUGGUACUCAGUUUGUUCUCAACACCUUAAGCUUAGCAGCUGACUCAAAGGAUGAUGCUGACAAAUGGCUGUGUGGCUUGAAUAUCUUGCAUCAAGAAGCAGUGAAUGCUUCCACUCCAGCAAUUACAGAGAGCUGGCUCAGAAAACUGAUUUACUCUGUGGAUCAAUCCAGAAGAAACAGCAUCAGCCUUAGAGAGCUGAAGACUGUUCUCCCAUCGGUAAACUUCAAAGUGAGCAGUGUGAAGUUCCUGAAAGAUAAGUUUGCAGAAAUAAAAGCUGUUAAAGAAGAACUUAGCUUUGAGCAAUUUCAUCUGUUCUACAAGAAAUUAAUGUUUGAGCAACAGAAAUUGAUUCUUGAUGAGUUCAAGAAGGAUUCCACUAUGUUUCUUCUAGGAAACACAGAUCGCCCAGAUGCUUCAGCAGUGCACUUGCACGACUUUCAGAGAUUUUUGCUACAUGAACAGCAGGAAUCUUGGGCACAAGAUCUUAGUAAAGUAAGAGAACGGAUGUCUAAAUUUGUAGAUGACACUAUGAGAGAAACGGAUGAACCCUUUCUGUAUGUUGAUGAGUUCCUUACUUACCUUUUUUCAAAAGAAAACAGCAUAUGGGAUGACAAAUACGACUCAAUAGAUCCUCAGGACAUGAAUAACCCUUUGUCCCACUACUGGAUAUCUUCUUCACAUAAUACGUACCUCACAGGAGACCAGCUUCGUAGUGAAUCUUCACCAGAAGCUUACAUAAGAUGUCUCCGAAUGGGGUGCCGAUGUAUUGAAUUGGAUUGCUGGGAUGGUCCUGAUGGGAAGCCUAUCAUUUAUCAUGGAUGGACAAGGACAACGAAGAUAAAAUUUGAUGAUGUUGUGCAAGCCAUCAAGGAACAUGCAUUUGUCACAUCCGAGUACCCAGUGAUUUUGUCAAUUGAGGAGCAUUGCAAUGUGGAGCAGCAGCGUUACAUUGCCAAAGUGUUUAAGGAAGUAUUUGGGGAUCAGCUUUUAACAAAGCCCAUUGAAGCUAGUGCUGAUCAGCUGCCAUCACCAACUCAGCUGAAAGAGAGGUUCAUCAUUAAGCAUAAAAAAUUGGGACCAAAAGGUGACGUAGAUGUGAACACUGAAGAUAAGAAAGAGGAAAAAAAGCAACAAGGAGAGCUCUACAUGUGGGACACCAUAGACCAGAAAUGGACUCGUCAUUAUUGUGCUGUAGCGAAUGAAAAGCUCUCAUUCAGUGAUGAUAUAGAGCAAAAUACUGAAGAAGAACCAUCAAAGGAAGUGAAGCGUGCUGAACUGCACUAUGGUGAGAAAUGGUUCCAUGGAAAAAUGAAAGAAGGGAGAAAUACUGCUGAGAGACUGCUCCAGGAAUAUUGUGCUGAAAUGGGUGGCAAGGAUGGAACAUUCUUAGUGAGGGAGAGUGAAGCUUUCCCUAAUGACUACACACUGUCAUUCUGGAGAUCAGGUAGAGUCCAGCACUGUCAUAUCCGUUCUGCAAUUGAUGGAGAUACCGUAAAAUAUUUCCUGACAGACAACCUCACCUUUGAUAGUGUCUGUGAUCUAGUUCAGCAUUAUAGAGAAGCACACUUGCGGUGUGCCGAAUUCGAACUACGUUUGACUGAUGCUGUGCCUAACCCCAACCCUCAUGAAUCUAAGAAUUGGUACUACAGUAACCUGAGCAGAGGAGAAGCAGAGGAUAUGCUGAUGCGAAUUCCUAGAGACGGAGCCUUUUUGAUAAGGAAGAGGGACGAACCCAAUUCCUAUGCCAUGACUUUCAGAGCUGAGGGGAAAGUGAAGCACUGCCGAAUCAAACGAGAAGGCCGCCUCUUUGUCAUGGGAACAUCUGCUUAUUUUGAGAGCUUAGUGGAGCUGGUGAACUACUAUGAGAAGCAUCCGUUGUAUAGGAAAAUGAAAUUGCGCUAUCCUGUGACAGAGGAGCUGCUGGAGCGCUACAGCACGGAGAAAGAUCCUAGCUCAUUAUAUGAAGUGAAGGCAUAUGUGGAACCUGGUGAAAUAACACCUUCUGUGCCACAGAGAACUGUUAAAGCCUUGUAUGACUACCAAGCGAAAAGAGACGAUGAGCUGACUUUUUGCCGAGGGGCUUUAAUUCAUAAUGUCUCAAAAGAAGUUGGUGGCUGGUGGAAAGGCGAUUAUGGGUACAAAGUUCAGCACUACUUCCCAGCCAAUUACGUGGAAGACAUGUCCUCUGAUAACACAGAAGAUCUUGAGAAUCAGAUAAUUGAGGACAAUCCUUUAGGGUCGUUAUGCCGGGGUAUUUUGGAUCUCAAUAAGUAUAACGUUGUAAAAAUGACACAGGGAAAACAUGGAAAGUCUUUUGUCUUUAUCCUGGAACCCAAGAAUCUUGAAGAUGCUCCUGUUGAAUUUGCAACAGAAAAGGUGGAAGAGCUAUUUGUAUGGUACCAAAGUGUCAGGGAAAUCACAACGAAAACUACUGAAGAGGAAAAUUUCAGGGUGUUCUGGGAGAAGAAGCAGUUAAUUGCCAUGGAAUUGUCUGAUUUGGUGGUAUAUUGCAUACCCACGAGCAAAACAAAGGACAACCUAGAAAAUCCUGAUUACAAAGAAAUCCGUUCCUUUGUGGAGACCAAAGCAGAAGGCAUUGUCAAGCAGAAACCCGCUGAUCUACUAAAAUACAACCAGAAGGGACUGACACGAAUAUACCCAAAAGGGCAGAGAGUAGAUUCCUCGAAUUAUGAUCCUUUUCGUUUCUGGUUUUGUGGAUCACAGAUGGUGGCUCUUAAUUUCCAGACACCAGAUAAAUACAUGCAAAUGAAUCAUGCCUUGUUUUCCCUUAAUGGACGGACUGGUUAUGUACUGCAGCCAGAAAGCAUGAGGAGUGAGGCUUAUGACCCGGUGCCAAAUGAAUCCAAGAAGAAACUACAGAUGAUUUUGACAGUGAGGGUAAUCGGAGCUCGCCAUCUUCCCAAGCUUGGCAGAAGUAUUGCCUGCCCAUUUGUGGAGGUAGAGAUUUGUGGGGCUGAAUAUGAUAACAGUAAAUUCAAGACAACUGUUGUGAAUGACAAUGGCCUUAACCCAGUCUGGGCAUCUCAAGAGCAAGUGAAGUUUGAAAUCUAUGACCCCAACCUAGCAUUUCUGCGCUUCGUUGUCUAUGAGGAAGACAUGUUCAGUGAUCCCAACUUCUUAGCACAUGGCACUUUUCCCAUCAAAGGAAUCAAAUCAGGCUUUCGGUCUGUCCCUCUCAAAAAUGGAUACAGUGAGGAUAUAGAGCUGGCUUCCCUCUUGGUUUAUUGUGAGAUGCAGCAGAUCCUGGAAGGUGAAGAAGAUCUCUAUUCAUCAUUUCGGCAACUACGACAGCGCCAAGCAGAGCUGAACAAUCAGUUAUAUGACACCCGACGAAACUUAAAGAAUCCCAGCCGAGACGAUUUAUUGCAAGAGUUCAAUAAGAACGAGGGUCAGCUGCAAGUGUAUCAAGAGACAUGCAACAGGAGACUGAGGGAGAAGAGAGUCAGCAACAGCAAAUUCUACUCCUAGAGGAACUGGGUUUCUUUUUGAUGCGUUAUUUAUAAAUUCACCUGGUGGAAUUACUCUCCCAAAGUUGCCUGGCAGAAGCCUGCCACUGCCCUCAGCUGUCAUCAUCUGGAGUAAAUUGCCUUUGAAGACACAGCUGAAAUUGCAAGGGAGAAAAAAAGUACCAGAUAUUAUGGACUGUGCAGGGUUAUUUCUACACAAUGGCUUGAUGAAUGCCAGAUUUCAAGGGGGGGGGGACUUUGUGUGUUUUAGAAAUAUUAUCUUAUCUGGUUUGUUUUGGGUAGAAAUUUUAUUUUUAAAUAUAUGUAUGCAUCAGUGAUAU